CAAUGCCAUAUCGGUACAGAUCUAUUGGUAUAUAAAUCAUUCAAGGUGUCUUUAACUUCCUAGUGGCGUUAUUUGUAUAUUUAAAUAUCCGUUUAGAAGGACCUGAAAAGCAGACGCCUAAACAUGUCUCUAGAAGAGGAUAUUCGUUUUCUUGAGUGUCAACUCCAUGACCGUUCCAAUGCCAAGGCGCUGUCUGAAUACUAUUCCCCUUUACAGACGUCACUUGAAGUAAUCAACAGUGCCCUGGAAACGUUAAGCCAGGAAGGGGAUGGACGCGAUAAAGAAAGAGAACAACUACAACAAGCAAUUGAAGAACAAGUAACACAGAGUCUACACACUAUAUCAUUGUGGACGGAGCAUGCAGAGGAGAGCAUCAGGGAGGGAAAUUUAUCCCAGUGGACAAAUUCAGAAGCAUUCCAAAGGGAAAACCAGAAAAUACUGACGACGGUGGAUACCAUCAUGAGGAAAACAGAUACGGACAAGUCAGGGUUUCUGGGCACACUCAGGAGUGCAGUGAAACCCGUACAUCAGAAGAUCCACCUGCUGAUGGAUAUUGCUGUAGAGUGUUCCUCCAAAAAACUUAUCAGGAUAGAAUUUGAUGGGCGUGUAACCGAGUCGGUGAUAGACAACUUGAAAACUUGUCCAUGGGAAUACCAAGAGCGUGUAGACAAACUACCGACAUUAGAGACAUUCCAAACGAUGGAGUCGAACAUCUUCUGGUUUGAAAACAAUAAAGGACAUAGAUGUUGUGCUACUCUGGAUACAGAACAACAAAUCACGAUUUAUGUUGCAACUAAAGCUGUGAAAUGUGUAGCUGAUGUGGUCUUACGGGCAGGGGUUCUCAAUGACAGAAAAUGGAUUUUUACUGAGACUAAUUGUGAGGGUGAUUACGUUGUGUUUCGAUCAGAAAAAGUGGAGGCCUUUUUCAUUCUUGGAACACCGAGAGAGAGAGAUUUUAUUGCGAAUCCAUCUGGUAGUCAGUACAUCCACAGAACGGACAAUCGUGUUCGGCUCAAUGUCCCAGAAGGCGCUGUGAAAGAAAAAGAAAACUUUAAAAUCACAGUUUUCCCAGUGAAAAUAGAAGAAAUGAAAAAGAGGAAAACUAUGUUUCCCGACCAAUAUAAAUUUCUCUCAGUAACAAAAGGAAUACACGUUCAGGGGAAAACAUUCAGUCGGGCAGUUGAAGUUCAGCUUCCAUUGGAAAAAAUUGAAGACGACGACGAAACGGAAAACAACUGGACGGACAUGGAAUACGUAUAUUUCCACAUUGACGGUGACAGAGUAACUCAGCUGAAGAACCAGAACAUAGAAAGAAAAGGGGACACGAUCGUUACCAACGUGGAAAAGUUUAGCACCUAUAUAGGGGCCAAAGUUCGACGCGGGAGUUUAGACAGUAUAAGCAGCAUGGAAGUGCUGAUAUCCCUUGGAUUUGUAUACCAUUGCAAGCUCGUCACUUUUGUUAAGAAAAUAUCAGAAGAGUUUGUCCAAAUUUGGUGCGAGUUGGUCAAAAAGGAAGACUGGAAACGACUUGAGCAGAAUCGUUUGGAAGAACAUUCUACUUUACAGAAAAUAAAAGAUUCAGACUCAAAAGAUAUUUUCAUAGCAGAGCGACAGCGGGUGCGAAUUGAUGUGACAGGCAAUUCAAUAGUUGGAGCGGAGGUUCCCAAACAUUCGCUUUUGAUUACAUUCUUUCCAAUUGCGGAUGAUAACCAUAUUUUCCCACCCCUGCGAAAGAAAUUAAGUAUGCAUGGCACGCCGUAUUCAUCUCUCAUAUACAGCAUGGAUUCUGGGAAAAAAGGAACUUUACAUGUUGUAACAUUUGAUCCAUGGACUUUGCCAAAAACCUUCCGAAAGUCCAAACCACCUGGGAACGUACCGCAAAAAGGGUCUGGUACCAAUAAAAAUAGCCCAUACGUUGCACCUAGCCAGGAGCGUGAAAAUAUCCCAGAAGUAAAACCAAAUACUGAAUCCAAGGAUACUGAAAAUGCACCAAACGGGUCGAGUACCAUUAAAGAUGAACCUAACUCAUCGCCUGAUGAGCAUGACAGAAAACGGGCACAAGUUGCCGUUUCACCACAUGAACAGCUGGUUGACGCUUCCCAACACCAAAAAAAAGAUCAAGAUUUUUACAAGACGCAUUUUGAUGAGUUCCUGGAAGAUUUUGGUAUCACAUUUGUAAAAGAAAAGUGUCAAGAGAAUGGGAUAGAUGAUGUAGAAACUUUUCUGAUGUUGGAAAAAGAGGAUAUGAUAAGUGUCCUUGGUUUACGGCUUGGAGAUAGUUUGAAGUGCAUGAAGGCCAAACAGAAAUAUCAUGAUUUGACAGUGUGAAUAGUACUCACUAUUGUGAAAGAUAUAGAACACAAAAGAUCAAAAUGAAAAACUGAGCACUAUUGCAAGUAUUCACAACUCAUUUUGUUCUAUCUUGUCUAUAAUGCAUAAACAACAAAUAAUCGUGCAGAAAUCGCGACACAUGGUUUGGUUAGUAUCUUGCUGAAUGACAAUGUGUAAUACACGCAACGUGAUGUGCUAUUUGAAUGACAAUGUGUAAUACACGCAACGUGAUGUGCUAUUUGAAUGACAAUGUGUAAUACACGCAACGUGAUGUGGUAUUUGCUUUGCUGUCAUUAUUUCAUUUUUGUAAUGAAGGAUGUGGUUUUCUUUUCUUUGUAUAAAGUUUGCCUUAUUGAAUAGUCAACUAUAAUGAUUUCUGAAAGGUUACAUUGUUAAUAAUGUUAUGACUCUAAAUCAAAUUUUAUUGAUUUGUAAUUCUUACAUAACGCAGCUCACUUAAAAUUAAUAUCAGGCCUGGGGUAAUGUGUAAUGGUAAUGUAAUGACAGCCAAUUUCAGUGUAAUGGGCCAAUUUUGCAUUACAGGUAAUGGUAAUGUAAUGCAUUACUUGUAGAAAAUAUAAUGUAAUGCACAUUAUAUUCCAUUACUUCAAAUAUUUGAUGAUAUUUUGGAGGUUUAGAUUAAUUCAUGAUAUUAGUGAUUGACUUUUAGACCUAGGAACAAAAAGAUGAACUUCAUGUAUAUUGUCUUUUGAAACAUCGAUGACAAUCAAAUGCAAUUAUCUUGGAUGCGAUUUCUAACAUUGAUGAAUAUUUUGUGUGCUUAUGUUACUGUAUAUUUAGAAUUCAUAAAUUAUUAUAAAGAAAUACUUUUUCUGCCAUUUCUUUAAUAUCAGUAUGUUAUGAAAUGUCUCUCAAGUAAUGUGCAAUGUAAUGCAUAACAUUUCAAAAUGGGUAAUGGUAAUGUCAAAUUUUCUAAGUACUGGUAAUGUAAAGCAUUGGUACCGUAUAAGUUUUACAUAUCGCUAUGUAAUUGACCCCGGGCCUGGAUAUCAUUGUUUAGUAUUGAUUAAUAAACCAGUUUUACAGUUA